AUGUCGCCAAGUGAUCAGGCUUGUCAUUCACCUGUCACAAUGGAAAAGACGUCUCAGUCCACGCCAGCCAAGCCCGGCAGCCUUCCUCCGGUUGAGUUCGCCGAGGAUGCUCAGAAAUUUAUUUCUCGCUGCACCAAGCCCGACAAGACUGAGUAUUUCAAGAUCGUUCGCGCCGUGGGUGCUGGUUUUCUCAUGAUGGGGGCCAUUGGAUACGCCGUCAAGCUCGUGCACAUCCCCAUCCGCCACCUCAUCACUGUUUAA